AACACUGACAACAACACCAUCAAUACCACCGACCACAGCCGCAACCACCAACAUGGCCACGAUCAUUGUCACACCGUCAGGCAGCGCACAACCCUCUGGUAUAAAAGUCUGCGGUCACUGCCACCGCAAAAGACCGGUUGAGGACUUCACUAAACCGGGAACAACUGAGUCGCUAAAGACAUGUAUCUCAUGUCGCAAGGGCCGGGCCGCCGCAAGAGCCCGCGAUGGGGCGAAGCGGAAGCGGAGGACUAGGAGCAGUAAGGAUGUGAGUUUUGCCCUCUACUUUCUCUUCCCUCCUCCCAGCAGAACCAGUAGCUAAAGUACCCUUAGCCUCAGUCGCGUAGAAAAACUGAGCAUUCGCCCGGUCGCGCCUCCUCUAACGCUGGCUCAAAACAAGCUGCACAGCAGCCGCACUCAUCAUCAUCCUCGCCAUUGUCAUCACCACCAUUACAACCAUCGCCAUCACCCCUACAAUCACCACUCGUAAACCCGCGGGCUGCUCCACCGCCUCCUACACCCCUCUCCGCAUCCUCAGAUUCCGGUCGCGUUAGGACGGAAACUGUCAACUUUGCUACAAGUUUAUCACGAUUGGCGCACUUGGUAUCCAGCGCUACUGAGGUUCUGGGAGACGAGCGGUUGAUGACGUUAGCGGAAGAAAUACAUCACGACUGGAAGGUGGACGAGAUGGCGACCUUUGUCGAUGGGUUUUUGAAAGGGGCGGCCGGGCCGAGCCAGGAUCGGGCUUGGUGAUUCCAUUUCCUGGCGUGGAUGGUAGCUUCACUUUUGUCGUUUUCUUCCUACUUGGGGGCGUUGUGGGAGCGUAUGGUUUGAACAGGAACACUGCAAAACUGGCUUGGUGUGUUUCUCUUUUUCUUCUUUUCUUCUUUCGCUUCGAAUUUCAUGUGUAAUACGCCAUUGAAUCUUUUUUUUUUUUUUUUUUGUCAUGUUACAUUUUGUUGGCAAUGGAGGGAAAAGUCUUUCUUGCUGCUUUUGUGAACGGGCCAGCGCGUUGUAGAGUUCUUUCUUCUAUUUUGUUCAGGGUCAUUUAGCACAAUUCCUCGACCCUCAAAAUGCUCUUGAGUGAUAUACCUACCCUAGAACUUCCAGUGCACUACUGACCUCCCGACAGUGUAAUGCAAAUAUGAUGAACCUUAAAAUAAAACCUCAAUGUCGGAGGUGUAAUAAUGCCCGUAUCCAUUCGACAGGACAUCGAAUUUACAAGUAUAAAAUUUAAUAAUAUAGAAUGCCCAACAUGGAAUUCUCCAUCCCAACCAUUUCAAAGAGUUUACAUAUGGAUACCCUCCAUGGCUUGUGCCACAGGUCACAGGAAGAAAAACCUAAACAAACUUCUGCAGGGCAUUCUACGAGACUUUAGACUCUCUCACAACCCAUCACUCGAUUUCCCAGAUGCCCUAUAGAACUUUCAAGUGCGUUCCUCAGCCGGCAUUUUCUCCAUAUCCUCCCUCUCCCCCCUCUUCACAGC